AUGAUUUGCGAUAGUGGUAUUGGAGGUUCUUCGGCAAUGGUUAGUGAUGAUUACUAUGUGAUUAACUUAUUUGCUAUUGAUGAUUGUGAGUUAGCAGUUGAUGUGCCUAAUAUCCUAAAUUAUGAUGAACCUUUUGAACCUAAUGUUGAUGCUUUUGAACCCAAUGUUGUUGGUGUUGAACCUAGUUUAGGGGUUGCUACUGAUUGUAGCUCAACUGAUGCUGAGGAUGAAAAUGACUCUGCUUCUUCUGAUUAUGAAUCUGAUGACUUAGAAUUUAUUGCUAACCAAAGGAGGGUGAACAUUACUGAUCAGUUGUUAGAUUACAAAGAACUUGACAAUAGUAUGACCUUCAAGGACAUUAAUGAAGUUAGGAAGUGUCCGAAAUUGUAUGCUUUGACAAAUAAGAAAGAGUCGCAGUUAGAAAAAGAUGGGAACUGCCCUGAGGUUAGAAUCAAGACCCUAAACAUAGAACAUAAUUGCUUCAUUGCUUAUGAUAACAGUAGGGUUGACUACUACACCAUUGCACAUUACUUUAAGAAAAAGCUUCAAAAUAAUCCCAAAUAUAAAGUAAAGGACAUGAGGGCUGACUUAAAGGCUGCAUUUGAACUUAAUGCAAGUCAUGGCAAGUGCAAAAGGGCAAAAAACUUGAUUCUGAAUAAGCUGGAUGGUAGCUUUAAGGAUGAUUAUAAUAGGUUAGAGGCUUAUGGCAAUGAGUUGAGGAUUAGUAACCUUGGAAGUGAUAUUAUUAUCAAUUUGUCAAAAGAUGCACUUAUGGAAGGUAAGAGGAGGUUCUGUAGAAUGUAUAUUUGUUUGCAUGCAUUGAAGAUGGGUUUCAAAGAAGGUUUGAGACCUUUCAUUGGAUUGGACGGGACAUUUCUCAAGGGAAAAGCUAAGGGUCAACUUUUGGUUGCUGUUGCACUUGACUCAAACAACCAUUUUUAUCAUAUAGCUUGGGCUGUAGUUGACAAAGAGACUAAGAAAACAUGGGAUUGGUUCUUGGGAUUGCUGAAGAUGUCACUUGAACUAAACAUGGGAGAGGGAUACACUAUCAUUUCUGAUAUGCAAAAGGGGUUACUUGAGGCAAUGAAAAUUGUCCUCCCUGAAGCUAACCAUAGGUUCUGUGUUAGACACAUUGAGGCAAAUUGGAUGAAAAGGUGGAGAUCUGGUGAAAUGAAGAAGUUGUUGUGGUGGAGUGCAUGGUCCACCUAUGAAGAGGAGUUUGAUGACCAACUAAGGAAGCUAGGGGAAAUGGAUGAAGAUGCUAUCAAAGACCUGAUCCAUUAUCCUCCCCAGUGCUGGUGUAGAGCUUUUUUUUAUACUGUUUGCAAAAAUAUGGCUGUGGAUCACAACUUUACAGAAUUGUUUAAUGCAUGGAUCUUAGAUGCUAGGUACAAACCCAUAAUUACAAUGCUAGAGGACAUUAGGUUGAAAGUAAUGAACAUGUUGAGGGAACAUGAUGAGAGGGCGAGGGCAUGGGCGAGAAAACUUGAUCCCCUAUGUAUGAUGCUUUAUGCUGAUUAUCUGAGAAUUGCUCAUUCUUGUGUGCUUCAUUUUAAUGGUGACUUUGGAUAUGAGGUUAUUGAAGGGAGUGAUAGACACACAGUGAACUUGGAGGCUAAGCAAUGUACUUGCAGGACAUGGCAACUUUCUGGCAUACCAUGUCCUCAUGCUAUCAAAGCUUUGAUGUACAACAGGAUUGACCCCUUUACUGAAAUUCAUUGGUGGUACAGCAAAGAAGCAACCUUAAAAACUUAUUCAUAUAAGUUGCAACCUGUUAGGGGGGAAAAAUUCUAG